UGUUCACUCUUCCAAAUCUAACAGCUGGCAAGGACUAGCCGACCCUGCCAGUUCAUACCUGAUGGCUUCUGAAAUGCAAUCUUGAAGUUGACUAGCUUUUUAAAAACCAGAUUAGUCUUCUUGUCAGUGCAAUUCCUGACCCAACAGUGAGUUGAUUAAGCGGACACACACACACACUUUCUCAUUACAUCAACAUUGGGUAAACUUUGAUACGUGCAACAGAGAGACAGCAUUUCAGGUGUGGACCUCAGCUGUAGGAUUACGUGUUUGUACAGGAAAUAUUCUGUCAUAACCUCACACAGGAUUCAAGCAGGAGAAAACACACAGCUGUGCAUUUGUUGAAGCAAAUGGCGGCGCUGAUGGAAGCUCUUAUACAUUUGUGUUUGUUACCAUGGCAAAUAUUAUUCGAGAAAGGUCUGUGACAUUGGAAAGAAAGUGCAAAUAGCUGAACGUGACCACUACUGUUUAUGCAUGUGUAAUGUUGAGUGUAAGUGCAGUGACUAGAUGGAUGUGUUAGUAUAGAACAGGAAAGGGUGGAGAGAUUUUGAUAAUUUCUGAAAGGAACAUAAUCCACCCCCCACUUGCUCUCUCCCUCCCUGCCACCUCCCUCUCUGUCUCCCUCUCUCUCUCUCUGAGUCCCAGCCCCUGAAGGUGUCAUAACUGUGCUCUCUCUCUCUCUCUCUCUCUCUCUCCCUCUAUCUUUCCCCUCUCUCCCUUUCUCUCUCCCCCCUCUCUCUCCUCUCUCUCUCCUCUCUCUCUCUCUCCUCUCUCUCUCCCUCUCUCUCUCUCUCUCUCUCUCUCUCUCUCUCUAUCACCGCCUUUCAGAUCUUUAAAAGCUGGUGCUUUGCUGUGUCUCUCUCGAUCUCCAUUUGUCUCCUCUGGCACUGCAGGGGACUCAACUGGCGAAGCACCAAGGAAAGCUACUGUAUAGAAACGGGAAGAAGACUGUGGAAAGAGAAGAGAAAGGAAGAGAGAGAGAGGGACAGUGAGAGAGAGAAAUAUACAUCCAGAAAUAGCAUCAGCCACAUUUAACUGACAGAGAGUGACAGUGUGGAGAACCUGAGACCUGGACACAAAAUGCCUAUCCUUUCUAACUUAACAACCGUUGUUUUGUUGCUGAUUGCUCACUGCGGAUCAUGGACCGGGGCAAACCGCUUGGGCCCCUUCAAGGUCUGUCCCUCCUGCAGGGAUCCAUUGGGUGCAGGUCGGCCCCCCAGGGACCAUAAUGUUGCCAGCAGCACGUCAGUGUUGGCCCAAGGAGAGCCCUGUGGUGUGUACACCCUGAGCUGUGCCAAGGGGCUCCGCUGUGUUCCCCCUCCGAGGGAGCACAGCCCCCUCCAGGCUCUGUUGCAGGGAAGGGGCAUUUGCGCCAAGCACAGCAGGACUAGUCCCACUGAGAGGCCCCACCCCACAGGUCCACAUCCCUCACACAGUGGUGACAUUGAAAAAGCACCCUGUCGCAAGCUCCUCAACAGUGUCCUGCGGGGUCUCGAGCUGACGAUCUUCCAGUCUGAUCGCGACAUCUAUAUACCCAACUGUGACACUCGUGGCUUCUACAGGAAAAAGCAGUGCCGCUCCUCCAAGGGCAUGCAGCGUGGCCAUUGCUGGUGCGUGGACGAGCUCGGCACGGCCGUGCCUACACGUGCCAGCGAAGAUGGCACUUUACCAUGCGAUGGGGAGUGAGGGAUGAGCCUGUCCUAAUGCUCUGAGCCUGGAGGAGGAGGAGGAGGAGGAGGAGGAGGAGAAGGAGGAGGAGAAGGAGGAGGAGAAGGAGGAGAAGGAGGAGGAGGAGGAGGUGGUGGAGGAGCAGGAGCACAGGGAGAGGGGUUGGCUUUAGCAUGUGCUAGACACUGCCUGGACAGGAGGCAGCAGGGAUAAACCACUUCCUAUGGAAAAUACACACCAGUUAAUGUCCUCUCUAGAAGUAAGACACACACUCUCACAGUCCAGCAGAAGCAACAGUAACAUCUGCCUGAAUGUUCAACAGUUGCAGCAACGUCCUUUGCGUCGUCUGGUGACAUGCUGCAUGCUCAUAUUAACGCUCCGUCAACAGCCUCGGUGAUCCAAGUGGUAUUACUCCAAACGAUCUCUAUAUCCCCUGGCUCUUGUCCUGGCUUUCUGGUAGAUUUUAUUUUCCUCUUCACUAUAGGAUAGCUGACACUGCCUGUGUUCGUUCUGAUCUCAGUGGGCUGAAAUACUGUUACGCAGGUGAUGUGACACAAAUGUUUGAAAAACGUGUCUCCCUCACUGUCCUCUCUCCCUCUCUCCAAAGAUACACUGAUAUCCACAUUAAAAAAAAAAAAAAAUUGACAGAAUAUUUCUUUUCUAUUAAUUUAUUUUUGAGUAUAUAUUUCCAUCAAGUACUGCUUGAAUCUCACAGUAUCUUAUCUAUAUGUCAGAAGUCAGAAAAAAUACAGAUAUGACCCUGGAUGCUUCUGUUCACUUUAUUUGUCCAAAUGGCAUUCUGACUGCUUAUUAGUUGAUUGUUUGUACAUAUGUUGGAAUUUUUGUGGUCGACUGUGUGUUCUGAAGUGGCAGACAAAAAGCUUACGGCUGUUACCCUUUUCAAAAAGUUGUAAGGCAUAUUUUUAUACACGUCAAUAUAAUAUUUUAUAUAUGAAUUGUUGGUUUAUUUAAUGAACUACAGUACAAUGCCAUGUAUUUUUAUAUUGUCAGCAGUUUCUUAUUUAAAGACAGAGAUUAUUUUAUUUCAUGUUAGGGGAAGUGUUGUGCUUUAAAGGCACCUUUAUGGCAAAACUCAUCACAUUCAUCAGAGCUCUAUUCAACUGCUGUACAUCUCAUGGUUAUAUCUCAUGUUUUUAAUUUCUUUUUUUUUAUUAUUUAUGCUUUGUUCAUUUGAGAAUCGAGAAUGUCCAUGUUACUGUUAUGUUUUAUUUUGGCACAUCAUACUAUAAAUUCUUAUUUCAAUAGAGGAAGAAAAAAAAAGUAAGAUCAGAUUUGUUAUUGUUAUAGUAUGUCUUUCCCAAGUCCUUGCAAAAGUCAUGAAAUUGUGUGUUACUAAAGUGUGAUUAGAAUUUAUCUAUUUCUGACCAAUCUUGUUGUGCCAAUGUGUGUGCCGUGAUGACAGGUCCGUGCACAGAGGACCUGUACGGUUUGCAAAUAUGAAAAUAAAACAUAAUGAUAAUAAAAAUGGAGAAGAAUAAAACAUAUAUUAAUAACAA